AUGUAUGCAUUGUCUACUAGUGCCGAGGGAGCCUGUCACCUGUGUGUGCCGCCUGACCCCGGUAUCCAGUCUGCUGCUCGAAGUGCUGGUGAGGCAGCUGCUCUAGGCGCUCAUGAGUCUGCUGCUUCCGAUGCUUGUGAGUCUGCACUUUCAGGUACUACGUCUACUGAGGCACUGCACACCUUCACACUGGACUCAGGUGCUUCCCGCUGUUUCUUUCGCGACCGCACUACCCUCGAGCAGCUCCCUAGGACGGUUUCUAUCUCCCUAGCUGACCCCUCCGAGGGUCCGGUCCUUGCGACCUCCACCAUUGCCCUCCCUUGUCCUGCUGUCCCGUCUGGCACACUGUCGGGCCUUUACCUCCCCUCGUUCUCUACGAACUUGGUGGCGGGCUCCGCGCUCCAGGACGCGGGUGUUCACCAGUUCACCCCUGCCUACGAGCGUGUUAGCUGUCGGCCCCCUGCUCGUGUCGCUCCCUGUCGCACCGGACUGUCCUCUGGCACCACCGCCUUGGUCACCCGUCAGUGCAGCGCCUUCGCGGCAUGCACUCCCGGUACCUUGGUUCUCCCUCCCCUUCCACCCUCGUCUGCUCCUCCCUGUCUUCACUGUGUCGAGGGGCGGCAGCGCGCCGCUCCUCACUCCUCCUCGUUCCCUCCCACAGAGGCCCCCUUGCAGACUCUCCACCUGGACGUGUGGGGCCCAGCCCGCGUCCGGGGACAGGGCCACGAGCGGUACUUCCUGCUGGUCGUCGACGACUACACGCGCUGCACCACGGUCUUCCCUUUGCGUACCAAGGUACAGUACGCCGCACAUCAGCUCAACCUUUGGCCCCGUGUUUCUGCUCCGGAGACCUCGCCCACACUGCGUUGGACGGGGGAGGUUGGCGAUGCGUCGGUGUUCCGAGUCUGGGGAUGUCGAGCUUUUGUCCGCGAUACGUCCACGGACAAGCUCUCCUCUCGUGCUGUUCCCUGCGUCUUCCUUGGCUUUGUCCCUGACGCGCCUGGCUGGCAGUUUUACCACCCCACCUCGCGUCGUGUCUUCCCCUCUCAGGACGUCACUUUUGAUGAGUCGGUACCCUUUUACCGUCUUUUCCCCUACCGCACUGCCCCGCUCCCCCCCCCCCCCCCGCCACUCUUCCUCACCCCAGGUGUCCCGUCGGUAGACCCCCUCCCUCCCCAGGGUGCUGCUCCCUCCGGUGUGUUCCAGGUAGACCCGGUCAAGCCUGUCGAGGUAGCUGUCGACUCUGGUCCUGCGCGAGUUACUGAGCGUGCUGAGCCUGGUGGUACUGGGUCUCGGGGUACUGAGACUGGGGGUGCUAAGCCUGGGGGUGCGGAGACUGGGGGUGCUAAGCCUGGGGGUGCGGGGACUGCGGGAACUGAGCCUGGGGGUGCUGAGACUGGGGGUGCUCAGCCUUGGGGUACUGCGACUGGGGGUGCUGAGCCUAGAGGAGCUGAGCGUUACAGCCUCCGGCGUGGGGCUACUGGAGCUGGGGGUUCUGCUGGAGUUGGGGCUGGUGGUCCUAUAUAUGCAGUGUCGGGUCCGGAGCCUCCCUCCCCUCAGCGGCUACGUGAGUGGCACGCUCGGCGCUGCAGCCUCCGGAGUGGAGCUUCUCGUGUUAGGGUGCCGCCCGCUGGAGGCCCUGCUGCUGCUGGAGGUCCUGGAGCUACUAGAGGUUCUCCUGGUGCUGGUCCUGCUGGAGGUGCUGCUGGUGCUGCUGGAGGUAAUGGACCUGCUGGAGGUGCUGCUGGUGCUGGUCCCGCUGGGGGUGCUGCUGGUACUACUGGAGGUACUGGAGCUGCUGGAGGUGCUGCUGGUUCUGGUCCCACUUGGGGUGCUGCUGGUGCUGCCAGAGGUACUGGAGCUGCUGGGGGUGCUGAGGGCGUUGGCGCUACUGCUGGAGGUUAUGGUGCUGUCUCUGCUGGCGGUCUUACUGAGCGUCGUGAGCCUGAGUCUCGUCCUGCGUCGCCUGAGUCUCCGUCUGCGUCACCUGUUCGUGCUGCUCGCACUGGUCGUCGUGUUCCGUGUCAGCGUCCUCCUGCUGUCCCAGGCACUCACCAGAUGGCGCUUCGUCCUUCCACUGCUCCACAGCGUGUCCCGCUGCCUUCUCCUUCUGCGUCCUCUCUUCCUGCCCUUGCUGACCCAGAUUCUGACUCUCUUCGUGCUGCUAGUCCUACUGUCACGCGUCUCCUGGCCACUGCUGUCACUGACCCUUCCUUUGAGUCAGCUGCUGCGUCUGCCUUAUCUGUCUGUCCUUCGUCCGUCGGGGGAGAGUGUGCUCUUGGCACGGACGUCCUUGAGGACGGGCAGGAGGAGUUUGAGUGCUUUGCCGCUGCUGUACCUCAUCUCGUGGCCAUGGUGCCUGAACCUGAGGCAGACACGGAUGCUCCAGACAUCCCGACCCCGCGCUCUUACGCUGAGGCCAUCGCGGGUGAGUACUCCUCUUAG